UUAACCUUAAAGGUUGAUACUUUUUUCAAUUAAACCAAAAUUUCUUCAAUCGGAUUAAACUUAAUCAACCAGAUCAUUUGGUAUAAAUACGUAAAGUGUGACAUUACAAAAUCAGUAUUCCAUUCACACACAAGAUGAAUCGGUUGGUGUUUCUGACGAGUUUGUGCGGGGUGGUUUUCGCAUACACCGUAGAGGAAACUUAUUAUCCCCCGGAAGUCGGUUACGGGUACGAGGGACCGGAAUACGUGCCCAAGUACAUCGAAAGUCCUCGAUUCAGGUCCGGGAUCGGUCAGAUUCAUGGUAAAUAUGUUGGAGAAGUGCCGUAUAUUUCUGGAGGAUACGGUGGUUAUGCCGCACCAAUUGGGGCUGGUUAUGCUCGUCCAAUUGUCGGUGGAUACAAUUAUCCUCUAGGUGGUCAGUACGAAGAUAGGAACCUUUACAAGCACGGAAAGGAGAAUUUCAAUGAUGGGGUUUAUGAAAAGGCGCACGGUCGAGCCGGUGGAGAGAUCGGACACGGUCAAAAUGGGUACAAUGAAAAUCAGUUCGCCUUGAAAGAAGGCAAAGGCGAUUCCGAGUAUUACAGCGAUGUGGAAGGAGGGAAGGAAGUUAUUGGUGAUGGGAAGCAAUAUUCGGGCGGCAAGUUCUACGACCAAGGAGGAAAGAAUGGUCGAGAAGAGAAGCAAAAGCAAGGACACAAGAAGGGCCACAUAGUGAAAGGUUUCAAGCACUCCCACCACAAGGACGAAUCUGGAAAAACAGAAGAGUACUAUGACGAGGCCGACGAUGAAGGCGGUCAUUUCAACUUCGAUGGACAAUCCGGACAAUUCAAAGAAAACAAGGCUGAAUCAUUCAAGGGUGGUCACGACGAUGAAAAAUAUGGGGAGAGAUUGCACAAAAACGGUGGACAUUAUGUAAACGAUCAUUUCGUUGAUAAAAACGUUGCCGAUCACGGUAAAUUCGGAGAGAAUAAAUACGCCACCAACGGUAACGUCUACGGCAGGCACAAAGGAGUUGACCAGGAAAGUCUUUUGGGUAGCCAGGAGUAUAAUAAGUAUUACAAGCAUUCGCCUUACGUCGAUUAUUUCUAUCGCCAAUAAAUUUGUUUAAUAAUUUAAGUGGGAUGAAUGGAAGAAACAUCUAGUUUUAGGUUUGCGUACUUACUAAUAUUUGUAGGUGUGUAAAUAGACAAAUAAAGUACUAAGAGAAU